GCCAUUUUCCCCGAUCUCGGCCUUUUUCGUUUGAUGAGCUAAUUCGAUCUCGCAGGGCGACGAAGACCUCGAUCUAGGGUUUGGCAUUCUCUUCAGAGAGCAUCGCAUCGAGACGAUGCUCUUGAGCCUUGUGGAGCUCCUCCACCGCUCCGCUGUCAUGAUCCCCUCUUCGCGCUAUUGUUCUCAUCGUCUCAAACCGCUCGAGAAAUGGAGUCGUCGUGGUAAUCUUAGUAGCUGAUGUUUUGCUUUUGAUCAUGGCGGUCCUUUCUUUCUAGGGUUUCUUCUUUUUCGUAUUCACUCUGUUUUGUGAACGAUCGAUCGUUUGGGAUACCAAAAAUUUUGAAGUGUUUUCAUAUCGUAUAUCAUCUCAUCUAUCUGGCGUUUGGUUGAGAGAUCUGAGUCUUUUUCUUUGGAUUUGCUUCAUUUGUGCGUCUUUUGGAGAUUGUGCAGCUGCAGCGCUGUGUUCACCAUCAACACAGCUCGAUGGAUUGUGCCCCUCCUGGGAUCUCUAUACAUUCUGGAAAUGUCUUCUGUGACUUCAAUUUUCAUCACCUUAUUGGUAGGAACCCAGUUGUGGCACAGAAAUGUUGGAAUAGUAAGAAUGAUGAAUUGUUAGCUAAGCAUGCAUCAUGUGACAUCCUGGGUGUUUCAUCAAAGAUUGGUGAUGAAUUGGUAACUCGAGAACUUGGGAAAAAAUUUCAUAAAAUGCUGCAAGUUAAUGACUCUUCUGAGGAUAUAUUAUCUGAUGAUUCACCUUCAAAUCGGGAAGAAAGUUGCAGUUCAUCUGGAACCAGAAUCUUUCAAGAUAUAGAUGAAUCUACUACCUUUGAUGCAAAAGUCGGAAAAGUUUUGAAUAAAUCAGUGACAUUUCCGAUUUCCAAUAAGGUGCAGUCUUACCCUGAACCCAUUAAAAGAGAGGAUGGAUUGCCUGGCAAGUUGUGUGACAUACCAAAUUCUUCUUUCUGUGAGAGUCAUGUGUAUGGGCGUUCUAUGUCUCUAUCACCAUCAUCCAAACUUGUAUCUGCCAUGAAAGGAGGCCGUGAGCGGAGCGGGAUCUCACAGGCGGUGAAGCUGCAUGUGAAAUGGGCACCUGAAGUCUAUGAUCCGCCAGUCACCUCCAUGUCACACUCAGUGAAGAGCCACCGGCAACAAUGCCCUAAAGCGCGAAAAAGGGACCAACACAAGCACAAACACAAGGGCAAGUCAUCUCGUAGCAAUGCUAAAGAAAAGAAAUACACCAGAAGAACCUUUCUUGCAACAAGAGAGAUCCUCUCAAAAUAAGGCUGCGAGAGACUGAUGAUGAUAAAUUGGUGGAUUACUCGGUCAGUAUCCAAAACCCAACCCUUCUGUUCUUACAUACAUAUGCUUAUAUGUGUGUGUAGAUAAAUAAUCAGUAACUUAUGGCUGCAAUAGGAUUGCUAUUGAAUCAUUAUUACUGUUUUGUCGUGGAGAGUUGUUGAUUAUCUUCGUUACCAUGUUUCAACAAACAACAAUGUCGACAAUGUUGAUAGUGAUAGCUCAACCGUGCCCAUUUGCUCAAUGACUAUGCGGUAUAGAUCCAGACCAAUAAAAAUUGGGAUUCAUGAUUUGGAUAUAUCUAACUAUCAUGCCCAAGUUUAUCUUAUAUUUUGGUGCUAGUUGGGUGGGUUGUUGGAAAGCUAUAUGUCUCUUCUACUACUUAAUAAUGAAAAGUGCAUCUCAUGGUAA